AUAAAAUUUAUUUUUAAUAUCAGUUUGGCAGACAUUUCAACAUUAAUCAUUGUGAUUCAAUUUGGUCAAAUACUGUAAAUUUCUUUACAGUGGAAAUAAGUUACAUUAAUGAGGUGAUAAAUAAGUUCAGUUAGCAAAUUGUAUGACGACCUUUAUCCUAAGAAUUGCGAAAAUUUGGGGGUUUGAAACUUGAUCAGUGUAACAUCUGUUUUACAAACGAUGUAUUUUGUAGAAACUUAGCCGAGUGAGCGUUCUUAGGGGCAAAUUGAAGUACUCUGAAUGUACGUCACACGAUUUGUACAUUGGAAAACUUUUGCCCUUUUACAAAAAUUCCUUUUUAUUGUGUAACAUUAGCAGCGGGUUUUGGUUGUUCAUUUUUCUUAUUGUUUUAUUUCUUUAAAUCCAAACCGGAAAUGCGCUCCCGUCAAACAGUCACGUGACAAUCGCGUUCCUGCCGAGGCAGUAAAGAGCAGCAGCUAGCAGAGGCUGUCCAGCUACAUCGUUUAAUUAUGUUUCCUCAGCCGUAGUCCCCUAACUGUCCGAAGGAGGGCUCCAAGCCGGUUUUCCCAGAGGCGGGUGACGACUUUUCCUGGAGUGGGGCGAAAUUAGAACCCAGAAGCUCGAGCUGGGUGAUCAAAUCUCAGCUUAGCAUCAGAAGUUCUAGCCUCCGCCGCCGCAGGAGGAGCAGGGCUGACGGAGGCAAGGGCUCUGCCUUGUGACCAUGCAGGGGGAAACUGCGGCGGUUCGGGUCGCGGAGAACGAGGGGAAAGUGGAUGUAUUUCCCCCGAACAGAACGCCCAGUUCGGGGAGAGCGGGCGGGAAGAGCUGGCAGUACAGCGAUCACAUGGAGAACAUUGACGGCUAUCUGAUGAAGUACACCAACCUGGUGACAGGCUGGCAGUACAGGUUCUUUGUCCUGAACAACGAGGCGGGUCUGUUGGAGUACUUUGUGAACGAGCAGUCCCGCUCCCAGAAGCCCCGGGGCAGCCUGCCGCUGGCCGGGGCCGUCAUCUCCCCCAGCGACGAGGACUCCCACACCUUCACCGUGAACGCCAUCAGUGGAGAACAGUACAAGCUGCGAGCCAGUGACGCCAAGGAGAGGCAGCACUGGGUGAGUCGGCUGCAGAUCUGCACUCAGCACCACACCGAGGCCCUGGGCAAGAGCAACCCCGCCCCCAGCCGUAGGUACUCUGUGGCGUCCCAGAGCAGCGCCAGCUCGCCGAUGUCUCUGCGGCGGCCCAGUCAGAGCGCCUCGGCCCUGUUCGGCUGGACGCAAAACCACAAGGGCUCCGUCUACUCCAGCAGGAAGUCCCUGAUGCCCGACCACCUGCUGGACGCCAGGGAGAUGAUGAGCCAGGCCCAGGGGCAGCACCGGGACCUGAUUCAGAGCAUCGAGGGGCUGCCGGCGGCCCCGGGCCCCGGCCUGUCCCCCCUGGACCAGGACCUGCUGAUGCUGAAGGCCACCUCCAUGGCCACCAUGAGCUGCCUGAGCGAGUGCCUGCACAUCCUGCAGCUGCAGCAGGUGGCGCGGCAGCGGGCCGCCCUGGGAGGACCCACCAUCGAGUGGCUGGAGCCCAAAGUGGCCGACGACGUCCUGAAGAACGGCAGCAGUCCGCUGGGCAACCACACCCCACUGGAGGGGGGACGCCUGCCGCUCAGCGCCCCCGACACCUGCAGCUGCUCUGAGGAGCAGGAGGAGGUGGACCCGGAGGACGAGGUGGAGGACUCGUUCAUGGACACGGAGGAGGACCUGGGGGCCGUGGAGGAGGAGCGCAGCGUCAUCCUGCACCUUCUGUCGCAGCUCAAGCUGGGCAUGGACCUGACCCGGGUGGUCCUGCCCACCUUCAUCCUGGAGAAGCGCUCCCUGCUGGAGAUGUACGCAGACUUCAUGUCCCACCCGGAGCUCUUCGUCACCGUCACCGACGGCAACAGCCCCGAGGACCGCAUGAUCCGCUUCGUGGAGUACUACCUCACAUCGUUCCACGAGGGCCGCAAGGGCGCCAUCGCCAAGAAGCCCUACAACCCCAUCAUCGGAGAGACCUUCCACUGCUCCUGGAGGGUCCCCCGGGGGCCUGAGGCCCUCCAGGGGGAGGCCGAGCCCCCCGCCGAGGCCCCGGAGCCCUACCAGGUGCGCUUUGUGGCGGAGCAGGUGUCCCAUCAUCCCCCGGUGUCUGGCUUCUACGCAGAGUGUCCGGAGAGGCAAAUGUGUGUGAACACACACGUGUGGACCAAGAGCAAGUUCAUGGGGAUGUCCAUCGGCGUGUCCAUGAUCGGAGAAGGUUGCCUGCAUCUGCUGGAGCACGAUGAGGAGUACACCUUCACGCUGCCCUGCGCCUACGCCCGCUCCAUCCUCACCGUGCCCUGGGUGGAGCUGGGCGGAAAGGUCAACAUCGCCUGCAACAAGUCCGGAUACUCGGCCGUCAUCACCUUCCAGACCAAGCCCUUCUACGGCGGAAAGUUACACAAGGUAACGGCAGAGGUGAAGCACAACUCCACCAACGCGGUGGUGUGUCGGGUUCAGGGCGAGUGGAACGGCGUGCUGGAGUUCAGCUACGCCAGCGGAGAGACCAAGGUGGUGGACGUCACCAAGCUGCCCGUCACCAGGAAGCGGGUCCGGCCCAUAGAGAAGCAAGCGCCCACAGAGUCCAGGCGGCUGUGGCAGCACGUGACGGAGGCGCUGCGGCAGAAGGACAUCGAUAAAGCCACCGAACACAAGAGGGUCCUGGAGGAGCGCCAGCGGGCCGAGGAGCGCCAGCGGGCCGAGACCGAGACGCCGUGGAGGACCAGAUACUUUGACCGGGAGGGUGAAGGCUGGGCCUACAGCAAGCCUCUCUGGAAGAAUUCAAAGUCCUACGUUUCCUGUCUUUAAGUCCAGGUGGCUGAAUGUGAGUGAGUUGCACACAGUUGGGAUGAAGGCGGGGCACUCUGGCAACCGGCGGCCAAUCAGGUGGCGCUCGAAGCCUCAGAGGACGAGCUGCCGCCCCGCUGCUCGUUUUUAUAUCUCGACGUGUUCUUGUACAGGUACUAACAGCCUUAAGACGGUUUGGAGGGUUGGGAUCUGCUUGGUUUGCUUCUUUUCUCCACCUUCAGCUACACUUUGGUUUAAGAGGGGCGUUUGUUUGAGGAGAGAGAAAGGGGCGAGCGACGUGCUGCGAUUGCUCUAGACCAGCAGCUCAACCAAUCAGGACGAACGUCACAGGAAAACUGCUCCAAAAUCCCAUAGAUCUUGGGAUUGGUCCAAGAAAUUGAAAGUAUUUGCCCCAAAAGUCUUUCUAAGAGAUAUUAUUCAUCUAUAUGUAUAUACAUAUAUGCUGGAAUGAUAAGUUUUGGCCUUCUUCACUGUAUUCACAUUAAUUUGUUCUUUGUCUUUAAGUGGUGUUUUUUUUUUUUUCCAAUAAAGUGCAGAAUUUCGUUUUUCUUUCGUUUAACUACAUUUUAAUAAGUUACUCCAUCUAAACAUGUAAAAAGUCACUUUACUCAAACUGCCUGGAUAUUGCAAGUUUUAAAUCAUUUAUUACACGUUUAGUACUUAUAAACAGGUAAUAAAUGGUUAUUAAGGAGUUAACGUGGCUUUAAGCAUGCUAAUUUUUACAUUUUUAUGAACCAUUCCAUGUUUAUUAACGGCUAAUAAAUGCUUCACAGUUUAUCCUGUAACUGUGGGGCCCCAUGUGGUUCCUGUAGCUGCUGGUCUUGCUGGGCGUUGGUCCCCCCAGCUCCAGGUGGCUCUAGCUCCGGCCCUGCCCAGCCAGUAGAGCAGCUGUUCCGGGUUCUCCUGCAUGGCUCUCCUCUUGGUUUUAAAGCGGUUCUGUUUGUUCCCUCCUCCCUGUGGAGCUGGAACGGUUCUGGUUCUGUGUGAAGAACCCGUCCCAGUGACCCCGGUCUGGUUCCAGGCGGGAUCAGUCCACUCGGCCAUCGAUAAGCUACCCCCCCACCCCACCUGCAGUCCUGGUGCCUUAGCGACUCCUCCCUCCUCCAGGGGGAGCCGGUUGUUUCCCACCAGUGGUUAACCUGAACGAUGCACUGAUGUCUGCUCUGUUCUCAUGUUUUGAGUUUCUAUUUUCCUUUAAGAGUCAGAGUUUGGGAGUGAAAGGAGUCACUCUUGUGGACUUCCUGUCGUCUGUCUUGCUGAUUUGUGAAAUGCACUGAUGUUGCAGCGGAACGGACGUGCGCUAAUAAUCCAAUAAAACCCUAAACUCUGA